AAAUCAACUUGCCCAUCUUUCACUCUAUUUCCUUCCUCCUCCCUACUUCCACUGUCUCCUCUCAUGUUCCUUUCUCAUCCGAUCAUAAUCUACUAUUAUCAAAGAUGAGAGCAAUAGUAUAGGUUAUAAUAAAGAACCUCUAUUAGUUGUCACGUAAUGGUAGUUGAACCUCGAAUCAGUCUUCCUCUUCUACUUCUCCUGCUCUACUAGCAGCCGCAUAGAAUUCCCUCGCACCUCCAUCAACCUCGUUAAUAGAAGAAGAAUACCCCCUCUUCAUAACUCUCCAAUCCUAUUGUUGCUGGAAGUCGGUAGAAAGAUAUGGAACGACGAAUUAGAAGAUAUGGAAACCAAACUAGUCCAGAACGAACUAAAGUUUGGGUAGAGCCACCACCAAAACACCACCACCCCCACCAACAACAACAACAGCACCAGCAGCAGGGUAGCAAGAUCUCAGUGGUGUAUUAUCUUUGCCGGAACCGCCACCUCGACCACCCACACUUCAUUGAAGUCCCUGUCUCCUCUCCCGAAGGUCUCUACUUAAGAGAUGUGAUCAAUAGGCUUAAUGUGCUAAGAGGAAAGCGAAUGGCUGCAAUGUAUUCGUGGUCCUGCAAGAGGAGUUACAAGAAUGGAUUUGUGUGGCACGACCUCUCGGAGGAUGAUCUGGUGCUCCCGGUACAGGGCAAUGAGUAUGUCCUCAAGGGCUCUGAGCUCGUGGAUCGGCCCCCUCCGGAUCGGCAGCAUCGCGACAUGGGCGACCCGAAGGUACAGAACCAGACGCAACCCCAGCAAGAAUCUCCCGCCUCUUAUAGAACCCACGAAGCCUCCUCCUCUUCCUCCUCUCCGCAUCUUGUGGUCAAGGAGCCAAAGCUUUCCCAAUCCCCGCCGCCGCGCCUCCGAGAAGGCGGGCUAUCCCCCACCGGAACGGGGCCGGGCUCCUCCGGGAACCUCUCCCCGGAUCCCGUCGGCAGAACUACCCCCUUCUCCCCGAGCCUGGCCGGGUACCGGGUCUACAAGCCAGCUCGGGAUGCUUCCACCCAAACUGAUGACGGUGGAGGAAGGAAGACCCGCACGGCCAGCGUCUCCACUGAUGAUGGCUCGUUUGGUACCGAGUUCGACGGCAGCCACCGUCAUAGCCGGAGCCCGCGAUCCAUGGAGGGGUUGGAGAUCGUCAGAGAUGAGAUUUCCCGGCCGUCGAGUGCUUCUUCCUUGGGUGCUGGCAAGAUGGAUACGUUGGAGAAUUUGAUUAGAGCUGAGGCAGCUUUCAGGGUGAACAAUUUUAGGGUAACGGAGGAGUUCCCCAUGCGGGUGAAGCUCAAGGCCACGAAUUUGUUGAUGCAGCUGAUCUCGUGUGGGUCGAUCUCUGUGAAGGGUUACUGCCACGGCUUUGAGCUCGUGCCCACCUACCGGCCGAGGUUCGCUAAUGUGAACCUGUCCUCGCCGGUGAUGCUGGGAGACCUCGGCUGGCCGCUGGCCAAUGCGAGGGCGACGGGAUUGUUCGAGUAUUUUGGCGGGAGCUUGCCUGAAGCUAAGAACCACAAGGAGGAACAAGGAGCUUCUUCAUCUGAGGACAGAUGCAGGAGCUGCAAGAUGCCUAGUUCUGAGAGGGACAAAGAAAAUGUAGUGGAUUCAAAACAUUUGAAAUGCCUCCCACGAACAAUCAAAGUUACAUCUUGCAAGCACUCAAGGAAUGAAACAAUGGCAUCACCUAUCCCAAAUGUAAGGCAUUCUUCAGUUGGGCCAGACUGCAACAGAUCCUCUCCUCUCAACUCAUCAAGAGAUGGAAGUAGAAUAAUCACUGAUGCUUCCUUAGUGAAAGAAUCAUCUAUGAGUUUGAAAUCUUUCAAAGAAGAAGAGGAGAAGGUGAUCAUGAUCGAAGAAAGUUAAGUUAUAUUGUCCUCCUUUGCCAUCACUAGAUGCAUGGUUGUUAGCUCUUCCUUUUAUACUCUAGUUUGAUUGAUAAUUCUUUUUUUUUUCCUAAUUCCUUCAGGCUUAAUUCCGGAGCUCGGGUUAUAAUUCGAUCUACAUCUCUAUGUGAUAAUAAUUAGGAUAGCUCUGGUUCACCAUAAGGAACCAGUAUUUUUAUAUAUUAUGUCUCUCAUUUGAUUGUCUACUGCUCUCGUCACAGCUGACCAUGGAAUGUGGUUGCUUGUAAUUUCUGAAAUAGGUGUAAGUGUCAUUUCAUUCAAUUUAUGGCUUAUUUUGGUAGUUUUGGUCA